AUGGCAGCCGCCGCCGCCGUGGUCGCCCCGUCGGGUUUGGAGGAUGAGGUGUCUCGGUCCCGCGGCGAAGGAGCAGGGGAGGUGGUCGUGGAGCGGGGGCCCGGCGCGGCCUACCACAUGUUUGUGGUGAUGGAGGACCUGGUGGAGAAGCUGAAGUUGCUCCGCUAUGAGGAGGAUCUCCUCCGGAAGAACAACCUGAAGCCCCCGUCGAGACACUAUUUUGCACUGCCUACCAAUCCCGGGGAACAGUUCUACAUGUUUUGCACCCUUGCUGCCUGGCUGAUUAACAAAGCCGGACGCCCUUUUGAGCAGCCUCAAGAAUAUGAUGACCCUAAUGCAAUAAUAUCUAACAUACUAUCUGAGCUUCGAUCAUUUGGAAGAACUGCAGAUUUUCCUCCUUCAAAAUUAAAGUCGGGUUAUGGAGAGCAUGUAUGCUAUGUUCUUGACUGUUUAGCUGAAGAAGCAUUAAAAUAUAUUGGUUUCACUUGGAAAAGACCAGCAUACCCAGUGGAAGAAUUAGAAGAAGAAACUGUUGCAGAAGAUGAUGCAGAAUUAACAUUAAAUAAAGUGGAUGAAGAAUUUGUGGAAGAGGAGACAGACAAUGAAGAAAACUUUAUUGAUCUCACCGUUUUGAAGGCCCAGACCUAUCGCUUGGAUAUGAACGAGUCUGCCAAACAAGAAGAUAUUUUGGAAUCUACAACAGAUGCUGCAGAAUGGAGUCUGGAAGUAGACCGUGUACUACCACAACUGAAAGUCACGAUCAGGACUGACAAUAAGGAUUGGAGAAUCCAUGUUGACCAAAUGCACCAGCACAAAAGUGGGAUUGAAUCUGCUCUAAAGGAAACCAAGGGAUUUUUGGACAAACUUCAUAAUGAAAUUAGUAGGACUCUGGAAAAGAUCGGCAGCCGAGAAAAGUACAUCAACAAUCAGCUCGAGCACUUGGUUCAGGAAUAUCGCGCAGCUCAAGCCCAGCUGAGCGAGGCACGGGAGCGUUACCAGCAGGGAAACGGUGGGGUGACUGAGAGGACCAGACUGCUGUCUGAGGUCACAGAAGAGCUAGAAAAGGUGAAACAAGAAAUGGAAGAAAAAGGCAGCAGUAUGACUGACGGCGCUCCUCUGGUGAAGAUUAAACAGAGCCUCACAAAGCUGAAGCAGGAAACCGCUCAGAUGGACAUCAGAGUCGGAGUCGUGGAGCACACGCUCCUGCAGUCAAAGCUGAAAGAGAAGUCCAACAUGACAAGAGACAUGCAUGCCACCGUCAUUCCAGAAUCUGCAAUAGGCUCUUAUUAA